CAGAGACCGGAAGCGCAGUGAGCGGGGCGUCUCUGGCUCCUGCUUUGCUGUGCUGCCGCGCCAGUGGGCCCGGUUUCUGUCGCGGCUCCUCGGAUCCCGUUCCGCCUCGCCUACCCUGGGCGGAGGUGAUGGGGGACUCCAAGGAGGCUGGAGCGGAGUCUCCGCCGGCCGGGGCCGCUGCUCGAGGAGGGCUUAGCCUCCUGUCCCAGGGAGAAUCCGAGGAAUCUUCUGCACAGGGAUCAGCUUUAUUUCUUGGAGGCAAUGAAGUGAAGAGCCGAGCUGUGGUGAAAUACUCUUCUGCCCCUCCUAGAACAGCAUUUGCACGCCUUGAAGAGAAAACAGACUUGAAACUCCCACCUGCCAACUGGUUACGAGAGAGUGCCAAACUAGGGCCAGCAGGAACUACCAUUCUUGGCAACAGUAAGAAAAGCAAGCCAUUUUCAAGCUUUGGUAUGGCGUACGACUUUAUUGAUUCUGUGGGAAAUGAUGUAGACGUUGUCUCUGACUCUGAAAACAUAAAAAAGCUCCUGAAGAUUCCCUACAGCAAGUCCCAUGUAAGCAUGGCUGUACACCGCAUAGGAAGGACUCUCUUACUCGAUGAGUUAGAUAUUCAGGAACUCUUCAUGAGAUCAUCUCAGACUGGUGAUUGGACAUGGCUGAAAGAAUUUUAUCAAAGACUCAUUGAUCAGAAGUGGCAGAGGAAGAAAAAGAGCAAAGAGCACUGGUAUCAGAAGGCUAUUCUUUCCAAGUUUUUAUAUUACAGUAUCAAUGGCGAUGGAGCUGCUCAGCCCGUCCCAUCUGCUGCAGAACAGCAGGAAUCAUCCAGUUCAGAUCAGACAAAUGAUGCAGACGGGGCUUCGUGGCCCGCCCCCUUUGAAAUGCCUUCUUCAGUUUCUGAAGAUCCCAGUGCUUCCAGUCAGGAAAACAUAUUGACAAAGUCGAAGAAGAUAAAAAUGAGAUCUUUGGGAAGUGAGCCUCUUGAACCCUCAUACAUAGUGGGGCAUGUGGCCUCAGCACCCAAAGAACAAAACCUGACUACUUUAUUCAAUGACGGGGAGAACAGUCAGGGUCUUAAAAAUGAUUUUGUUCGGAAUAUCUUAUGGACAUUUGAAGAUAUACAUAUGUUAGUUGGCUCCAACAUGCCUAUAUUUGGAGGAGGCAGAUAUCCAGCAGUCAGCCUACGUCUCAGGGACAACAACAAACCAAUUAAUGUGCUAACUGGAAUUGACUAUUGGUUGGACAACUUGAUAUGCAACGUACCAGAACUUGUGAUGUGUUUUCACGUAAAUGGAAUUGUGCAGAAGUAUGAAAUGAUAAAAACCGAAGAGAUUCCCAAUUUGGAAAACUCGAACUUCUCUACGAAAGUCAUAAAAGACAUUGCACAGAAUAUUUUAUCGUUUCUAAAAUCUAACUGUACGAAAGAAGGACAUACCUAUUGGCUGUUUAAAGCAAGUGGCAGUGAUAUAGUGAAGCUUUAUGAUCUCACUACUCUUUGUGAAGAAACUGAAGACAAGUACCAGAAUCCAUUCACAAUGCCGGUGGCUAUUCUCUUAUAUAAGGUUGCUUGCAACAUGAUGAUGAAGAAGAAUCAAAAUAAGAAACACUACGGGACUAUUAGAACAUUGCUUCUUAAUUGUGUUAAAUUGUUGGACAAAAGCAGACAUCCUCAAAUUAUUGCUUCAGCCAAUUACAUGCUUUCAGAACUUUUUCAAUUAGAUGAACCUAAAAAAGAAGAAAGCUCAGAAUCUCCUUUAAAUGAGAAUUCUGAUGAAAGUUACAGUGAAGAGGAGGAAGAGAUGCCGGACAGCGAUGAAAAUGGAUCCUAUAGCACCAGUUCUGAUCCCUCAGAUGAUAACAAAGCAGUAGCUAUUAUUAAGUCUGUUGGAGAAUUGUCAGUUCCAGAAAAAUACAAAUCCAUUCAUCAAAUCCGACCCAGUUGCACGUUUCCAGUUUGCCAUGACACAGAGGAGCGCUGUAGACUCGUGCUUAGCUAUGUUCUGGAGGGGUUAAAAUCUGUGGAUAGCAGCAUUAAAAAAGAAAGCGACCUUCCUGCAGCUGACCCCAACACCCCAAUCCCAUUAAAAUAUGAAGAUGACUCCACAAGGGGGGGUCCUGAGGGUCUGGAGAAGCAGAUGGCCUUGUUUUUGGACAAAAUGGGCUCCCUUCAGAAGGGUAAUUAUUCCAGUCAAUCUGGAAUGAUCCCUGGUUCUUGGCAACAUAAAAUGAAACUCCAGCUGAUUCUCAAGUCAUCAAAGGCCUAUUAUGUUUUGUCUGAUGCUGCCAUGAGUCUUCAGAAAUAUGGAAGAGCGUUACGAUACAUUAAAUUAGCUUUGCAGAGCCAUGAUACUUACUGCUGCCUCUGCACCAACAUGCUUUCGGAAGUGCUGCUAUUUCUGUCUCAGUAUUUGACGCUCUGUGGCGACAUCCAACUGAUGCUGGCCCAGAAUGCGAACAACAGAGCAGCGCAUCUUGAGGAGUUUAAUUAUCAAACAAAAGAAGAUCAGGAGAUACUACACAGCCUCCACAGGGAGUCCAGUUGUCAAGGAUUUGCAUGGGCAACCGAUUUGUCUACAGACUUAGAGAGUCAGCUUUCAGUCAGUUGUAAAUGUUACGAAGCUGCUAAUGAAAUCUUGCAAUUUAGUGACUUAAAAAGCCAGAACCCAGAACACUACGUACAAGUAUUGAAGAGAAUGGGUAACAUUAGAAAUGAAAUCGGUGUGUUUUACAUGAAUCAGGCUGCUGCACUGCAGAGUGAGCGAGCAGUGAGCAAAAGUGUGUCCACCGCGGAGCAGCAGUUGUGGAAAAAAAGCUUUUCUUGUUUUGAAAAAGGAAUUCACAACUUUGAGUCGAUUGAUGAUGCCACGAAUGCUGCCCUUCUGUUGUGUAACACGGGGAGACUCAUGCGGAUCUGUGCGCAGGCGCACUGUGGUGCCGGCGAUGAGUUUAAGCGGGAGUUCUCACCAGAAGAAGGCUUGUAUUACAAUAAGGCUGUCGAUUACUAUUUGAAAGCUCUGAGGUCACUGGGGACACGAGACAUACACCCGGCUGUUUGGGAUUCAGUGAAUUGGGAAUUGUCCACUACUUAUUUCACGAUGGCAACUCUACAGCAAGAUUAUGCUCCAUUAUCUAGGAAAGCUCAGGAGCAGAUUGAAAAAGAAGUCAGUGAGGCUAUGAUGAAGUCCCUGAAAUACUGUGAUGUGGACUCAGUCUCUGCUCGACAGCCUCUUUGUCAGUAUCGAGCCGCGACCAUCCAUCACAGGCUGGCGUCCAUGUACCACAGUUGUCUGAGAAAUCAGGUUGGUGAUGAACAUCUUAGGAAGCAGCACCGGGUGCUGGCAGAUCUUCAUUACAGCAAAGCUGUUAAGCUUUUUCAGCUUCUCAAAGAUGCUCCCUGUGAACUACUUAGAGUACAGUUAGAAAGAGUGGCAUUUGCAGAAUUCCAAAUGACCAGUCAGAAUAGCAAUGUUGGAAAAUUAAAAACACUAUCUGGGGCUCUUGAUAUAAUGGUGAGAACUAAGCAUGCAUUCCAGCUCAUCAGAAAGGAGCUUGUAGAGGAAUUUGACCAGCCUAAGAGUGAUGAGUCCACUCCAGCUGCAGAUUCCUCUCCUAGUCUUAAUCGAGAAGAAGUGAUCAAGCUCCUCAGUAUAUUUGAAUCUCGGUUGUCAUUCCUUCUCCUUCAGUCCAUCAAGCUGCUGUCUUCAACUAAGAAGAAAACGAGCAGUAAUACUGAGGAAGAUGUCCUCAAAACCAACAAGCAGAUUUACUCCCAGCUUUUGAGAGCUAUUGCCAACAAAAAUGCAACUCUUCUGGAAAGAAUCGACAUUCUCAUCCAUUUGCUGGAUCAGCUUGCUCGCGGCAGCGGCAGCGGCGUGCAGUGACUUGCGCCCGAGGCUCCGGCUGAGGAGAUCCUGUCAGUGCCUUCUGCUCCCGGGGGCUCGUUUGUCCAUUCGGUGCUUUGUUUCAUUAAAUAUGAGGGAAAUCUCCACCUACAACAGGCCCGGCAGUGGAAACACAGAGUUCUCUUUCCCAUGACAGACAAGUCAUGGCUGAGUUCUUUGACUUCUUCAUUGGAAGUGCUAAAAUCAGAAUCAGACUUGGAGCUCCCAGCAUUUGUUUCUUUGAGAAGUACACGGUACCUCAGUGUUAACAGACUUGCUUUGGUGGCCGGUACACUUCUAGGCAUUUUUGAGGUAUGUUAAGCUACAUGGGUUUAAGAUAAUAAUUAUUUUGGAUGAUGUUACUUUGGUCAAGGGGACUUUUCUGCAAAUGAUUUUAGUGGUUCACAUGGGUUAAAGAAAUGUCCUGUGCAUCUGCAGCAUCUCCUCCUCAGUUGCACAGAAGGAAGCCCGUCCUCCUUCAGCUUCGGUGCAGGAUUUGAUGGAGACUGGCCACUGUGCGAGUUUCUGUAUUUAGUGCAUGUUCUGAAAGGAUCCGCUUUUCUUUGACUUUGUAUGACAGUUGAUAAGAAUAGGUACUACCCCCCCUUUUUUUCUUCAUUUUAAACUUGAAACUGUGAAUAAGGUAAGAAAACUAUUUUGAAU